CGUGAAUCCGAGAUAUAUCCCUCGUAAAACCGCCUUAUUUAUGGCUAGACACGCUGUCAACACUGUCGGCCCCGCAUGUAUCUUGUGAGUUUUUCCCUUAAUUAUACGCGCUACAGCAUGCUGAUGCGAGUGGUCCUCACAGUAUCUGAGGUUAUACCGCCAAAUCAACGUGAUGUAUCGAUUAUUAUCCAUGGAGGCCUUAGCUCCUGUACCAUUCCUUCGAGAUUCUGCUAGAGUGUUCGCCAGUUACCCCUAGCUGUAGUAUUAUUAGGCUUCAAAGUUUCACCCUCCGGCUCAUAUCAAUUAUUCGGGUUUUUGUGACGCCUCGCGGUUUACUCUCUCACAUGAGCGUGAAUUCACUUUCAACUACGCUUUCCUGGACUUGACGAGUUGGGCUUGGCUCGACGCCGCUUAAGUGCGCACUGGCAUGACUCGUAAUAUCCAAGAACCAAGGACAUGUGUAGCGCGCCGGCCCGCCGU